CUCGAGUCGCUCACUACGCACCCGUCGUUGUCCUUGACCCGUCGCGUACUGCGCCAACUGUGACAGAUAGAUAGAUACAGCAAGCUCAGUCAAACCGCCCUAUCCCUUUCACCCAUGACAAGGAACAGCCACAAACACCAGUGCCACUCACUCAUUCACUUCACAGUGUCUGUGAUGGGUGACGCGUCGUCACUCUUCUCUCCUGCAGGGCUCCCCGGGGGCGUCUUGAACUCUUCUGCCGGGCAGUCUGUCUCGCCCGCAGCCACAGGGGUCUCCCCGCCCUCACCACAGCAAAUGGCAUCACCUCCUGUGUCUUGGUCCGAGCUGACAGCAGCCGUUGUCGAGUCGGCCGGUCCCUCUUGUACAUCCUGGAAGUCGUCCUUGUCCUCGAGCGCCUCGCGAAUGAACUCAUCAGCCUGAAUGCACGGACACACAAGUCCAUUCCAUACGGCUACCGUGUGUGACUUGGGUUCGGUUUCCUCCCACCCCGUGGACCCACCUCCGCGAAGUGCUCGUCAUUGAUCACGUUUGAGUUGGCCGCGUAAACGGUCCCCAGCACAGCCAAGUCGUCAAUCAGACCUGCACACACAUACACACGGGACCUGACCACGUUCAAGGCAAGCAGGCGCAGCAAAGCUGGCCUAGCUAGCUGCCCCGUCCGCUCACGUACCAGCCCCGAGAAUGAAGUCCGGCACCAGGUCAAGUGGCGCACAGAAAUAGAGCAGAGCCAGCGCCAGCAUCACUCUGCAAACACAAACACACCUCGCUGACUGGUCAGCAAGUGAAAUGUAUGUCGCCCACUCACUUGUUGAUGGUCGAUGCGUUGGCACGCAAUGCAUAAUACAUGGCCAGCGGCACACGAGCCUGAACACACACACACACAUAUACCAAUCCUGCGUUCCGAUCCUUCCCCCUCCUCUCACCACAGUGCCGCCUGCACUUCGGAUCAGCCAUCGAGCCGCCGAGCCGAACUGCAGCUGCAGCGUGCUCUGCAUCGCCUCCAGAUCCAUCUCCGGGCCUCCCGACACAUCAGCCGUUGCACCAGAGGAAGAAGACGGGCUCGAUGCCGAGCCAUCGCCCGUCGAUGACAUAAGCUUGAAGUACAGCUCACUCCACUGCGCCCGGUCGUCCAUAUCGAUGUCCUUUAUGGCGUUGGGAGGCCCCUCUCGCCCGGGGGAUGAGUCAUCCUUGCCCUCACUGCGGGUCGAUGAUGAGUUGGAGGUCUCCCCCGCCUCACCGAAUCCGAAGUAUGAGGCAAAGUGGUCCCAUGAUGAGGUGCUCUCCCGUGAUGUGGAUGUCUGCAGCGAGCACGCGGGGACGGUCCUGAGAGAGCCGAUGCUGUCUGGGCGACUCUGAGGCGAUUCGUCUUUGUUGGCAGGGCAGGAGAAGGGAAGAGCCGCGCAUGAUGUGGGCUCGUCCAUCUCACCCGGGAGGGGAGGGA